UUUCAAUGUGAGAUUUUUUCAAUGUAAAUUUCAAAAAAACAAAAAUAUUAAGGUCUCAAUACUUUUUCAAUAUAAAUUUCGAAAUUAACAUAUUUAUAUUUUAUAUGGUAUAUAUAUUAAUUUAAAUGAUAUUAAUAUUUAUAUAUAUAUAUAUAUAUAUUAAAUGAGAUUUCAUAUUCAUAUGCUUUUUUGAUCAUUUGUAUCUUGUUAUAGCAAAAAUGUUACACCAUUAUUCAUAAAAGUUUCGGUGCGGAACUUCAAACAUUUUUAGUAAUUUUAUAGACACUUAAAAAAAUUCAAAAUAUAACAUAUAAGAAAAAAUCUAAAUUUUUUAUUAUAUGGUAAAGGUGAUUGUUUAAUUUUUUAUAAUAUAAAAUUAGACAAAAAGAAGGAAAAAUACCAAAAUUGUUAUCAAAUUUUUAUUAUUCAUAAUCAUUAAUUAUCAUAUAUAUAUUAAUCAUAUUAGGUAAUUACGUAGCUUUUAUUUAAAGAAAAAAUGAAAAGAAAAAUUGAACAUUACUAUCAAUUUGAUAGUUAAUUUAGUAAAAAAAUAUAGUAUAUGUUUAGAUGAACCAACAUAUUUUCUAAUGAUUCUACAAAUCAUCCUAGUAAUGACACGUGACUAUCAAAAUAUGUUGUAAUGUUUUUCAAUUAAUAUAUAAGUAAAAAUAUACUUGUCGUUUUAUUUAGAUUAUCUAUUAAUAUGUUAUGGGCCUCGUCUAUGUAUCGACUAAUUUAAUAUUUCUUGCAUGUUACAUGUAACGACUAAUUAUCCUUAUGUCCUGACAGUUUGUAAGAUCAAUAAGUUCACAAUAAUUUUACUUUCAAAUAUAUAUCUUUCACAUGACAGUUCAUCGAACUUAUAAUACAUUUCGUUGCCACUCGUCAAAUUGUAAUUUUAAACACAUUAGCCGAUCUAAAUCUUCGCCUAUAAAAAACCUUACCACUCUUUCCAUUUUCUCCACAGAACAAGAGAGAUAUCUUUCUAAGAGAAAACUCUUAAAACUUCACUCCUUCAUCAAUGGCUUACUCUAAGAUUACUCUUCUCCUUGUUUUGAAUGUCAUCUUCUUCACUUUGGUCAGCUCUACAUCGGCCCCUUGUCCACCACCACCGUCCAAAAGCCCCAACAAGAAACCCCCACCGUCGUCUCCUUACCGCAAACCCACUUGUAAAGAUGCUCUUAAACUCAAGGUAUGUGCUAACGUGUUGAAUUUGGUUAAGGUUUCUCUACCACAAAAGGCCGAAUGUUGCGCCCUUAUCAAAGGUCUAGUUAAUCUCGAUGCCGGGGUCUGUCUCUGUACCGCUUUGAAGGCUAAUGUCCUUGGCAUUAUUAAUCUUCGUGUUCCUAUUUCACUGAGUGUUCUCUUUAACCAGUGUGGUACGAAGGUUCCAUCUGGUUUCCAAUGUGCUUAGAGAUAGCACGUUUUUAAACCGAUUUUCUAAAUUAUCACAAAAACUACGAUUCUUGUUUCAAAAUUUCUUGUAAUGUCCAAUUCUCUUGUUUUUAUUCUACUAUUAUCUAUUGUUUGUAAUUUGUUACAUGUUUUAUUAAUGAAAUAAGGUGUUUUCAUUCAAGAAA